ACUGUGCAUGGCCUGCAGGCUGCACUUUUCGUUGUUUGAAUUAUUUGUGAUAAAUGUGAUGUGAUGGGGAAAUGUCCACGCUGCGACUGCGAAGCAACUGGACAGAAUCGCUUGGUCACCGACAGCUGUGGCCACACCAAGUGUCGCCUUUGCCUGGUGGCAGAUGUGUCCGAUUGCCUGGAAUGCCGACUUGCCACCAAAGAACAACAAGUCUCGCAGAACAAAAUCUCAAAUGCCAAAACGACUGCAGACAAACGGAUAACCAUCACGGAUCAGGGCUAUCACUGCACCGUAUGCAAGAAGGAUUUCCGCAGCCGCACCCAACAGUACUACCAUCUUGCCUGCGGCAACGAUCUGCUCAAGAAGUUCUGCUGCAAGCAAUGCAACCGCCGCUUUGCAACCCACUCGCAUUUAAAGUACCAUCUGAACAAUCACGUCAGCCAAUCAAAGUAUUCCUGCAGCAUUUGUGGCAAAAAAUUUAAGCAGCCAAACGUCCUGCAGCGUCACAUGCGCAUCCACAAAAAUGAGCAGCAUGCCUGUGAUCACUGCCACAAGGUUUUCCGCUGUCCGAGCACACUCAAGGAUCAUUUGGUGGCGCACACAGAUCACGGAUUUCCGUACAAAUGCGAGACUUGCGCGAAGAUCUUCCAGAACAAGGCGAAUCUGAAGCAGCAUCGCCUGAAGCACGACCAGAACAGCUCGCGACACAAGUGUAAAGUUUGCCAGAAGUCAUUCCUGCGCCAGUCCACGCUCAGGUUGCAUAUGAAGCGUCACUCGAUGCGCGAGCGCCAGCCCUGUCCCCUGUGUGAGAGCUACAACGAUGCGGAUGCACUGGCCCGCCAUUUGCGACAACACAAGACUGUCGAGCGCUAUCGCUGCACCCAGUGCGAGGUCACAGUCAAUCGUCGGGAUAACAUGCACCGCCACCUUCGCUCCAUGCAUCCAGGCGUUGCAUUCGAGAGCUGCGUGGAAAUCAUAACUCCAUCGAGUGCAUUCGAGCCUUCUGCUGCUGAGGAGACCCCAGCCGAGAGUCUGCGGUACAACAGCGUCAUUAAGAGCGUGGGCAAUGUGGAGCCAGUUGUGCUGCCAGUGGACCUGCCCGAAGUGCGGCUGGAACAGCAGCAGCAGGACACAGUGAAACCCCUGCCAGAUGCAAUGCAGAAGCAAAAUGUUAAGCUCUAUCGUAAGAUCAUCUUGGAUUUGGACAACGAAGAGUACUCGAAUGAGUUGAGCAUAGAGGAGGAGGUAUCCACGGGACAAGAUGCCACCGCCGCAAUGCAGGAGCAACGUCAGCAGCAGCGUGGCCCGGGCCACAGCACCUCCAAUUUUAGCGAAAUGCACUGGCGCAAGAAUUUCAAAUACUCGUAUGAAAACGAGCACACAAAUUGAUCGAA